AUGCUCCGACUACACCCAACAACCCUCACAAUCACUUCAGCGGAACUCAGAGACCUUGAUCGACGUUAUCCACAAAGGAAUCGGCUCAGGAAUAGCCCCAAGCAGGAUGCACAUACGCGCUGUACAGAUGCUUCACCACCUACCGCAGAUGAUGAUGAGUCGACAGAUGUCAACGACAUCCCUACUCCAGCAUCAUCGACUCCGAGCCAGGUAGCUGACGAGGAUGCUGCCCUCUUCGUGGCGCCUGUCCAGUCCGACUCUACACCACCUCAUACCCCGCCGGGAACAACUACAGAAGAGGAGGAAGAAGAGGUCGAGGACGAAGACGAAGACAAUGUCGCUUUUUCAGAUAUGGAUGAUCCAGAAUCAGCACUCGACUUAACUCCUCGAGCAGAAUCAUCUUCAGGCAAGACACGACAUGUCGUGACUAACAAUAAUGCCCCAAGACCGCUAGAUCUGCCUCCGCCAUUCUCGCAGACACCACGAUCAAGAGCCAUCAGUGUACGUAUGCAGGUUGUUACCGAAGAACUCGGGAUCAAAUUAACUUCUAGUCAACAAGUGACCGUCAACCAAGGAGAUCACUUGAUAAUUAAGCAGGAAUCUCUACCUCUUCCAUCUCGAGACCUUGGGGGUGUCCAAGAGGACGAGGACGAUUGA